UGGGCUCAAACCUGGUGUUGGUAGGAGCUGGAAUUCCCUGCAGGAUCCUUUCAAUCGCUGAAAAUUCUCUCCAUUUAUUGUAUUUUCUUUUAUUUUAGGAGAUUUGUCCUUUCCCCCCUGCAGCCAGUGCCAGAGGAGGAGGGGACACCUGCCCAGGAGCCAUCGAGGAAUCCUGAAAAAAAUAAAAAUCAAGGGAUCCCCCCCAGGAGAAGGAGGCUGCUCUGCAGUAGGAAGGAUUCUGCUGUGCUGGGGCCCGGAGCCGAUGGCAGAGAAUGUCCACGACUAACAACAUAGCUCAGGCUCGGAAACUCGUGGAGCAGCUCCGCAUCGAGGCCGGGAUCGAGAGGAUCAAGGUCUCCAAAGCAUCCUCGGAGCUGAUGAAUUACUGUGAGCAGCACGCUCGGAAUGAUCCUCUCCUGGUGGGAGUUCCUGCUUCUGAGAAUCCCUUUAAGGACAAAAAGCCCUGUAUCAUCCUAUAGCUGUGGAUCCUUCUGGAAGGAAAUUCCCCAUCCAGCCUCUGGAUCCAGGCUCCUCCACACCUCCACCUGCACCCAGGGGUAAAAACUCAACGCUGGCUUCAAACAGAACUUAAAAAUUCCCGAGAAAAACAAAACAAAACAAAAAAAAAAUCCAAGAAAAACAAAACAAAACAAAACAAAAAAAAACCCAAAAAACAUCCUGAAAAGAGAAAUUUGGAAGCAGGGGUUUUUAGGGAAGGGGUGGUUGCUUCCUGGGAAGGAAAUUGGGAUUGUAGAAUUGGAAUCAGGAUUUUAACAUUUAUCCAGGGUUGAGGGAGGAAAGGAAGGGGGGAAGGGGGAUUUUUUGAUUGGGAUAUUUGGAUUUGGGAAAGGGGUGGUGGAGGAGGAGGUGGGGGGGGUCAUUCCCAGUGGGAUGUGAGAGCUGGGCCUGGAUCCAACCAGAGCCCAACCAGCAGGAAUUUCCUCUGGAGAAGGGGUGAGGUGGGAACCGUUUUGUAAAAAAUCAGUACAAAAACAAACAGAAAAAAAACCCAAAAUCCCCAAAUCCAGCUGGAAAAAUCCCUGUUGGGAAUGGCCAAAGGGAGGCUGGGGAGGCUUUUCCCUGCAUCCCACGGCUCUGCUGGGAUCCAGGGAUGGCCCUGCAGGGCAAUUCCCAGCUGGGAGAGAUCCCAGGAGGAAUUUUAGGGAGCCCCAGGGAUGGGGGAGGUCGGGAUCUUUGGGGGGUCUCUGUGCUGUCCCCAAAUUCAGGGAGGGAGGGAAGGGAAGGAGCUUCCUGGUGCAUCCAGAAUCUUGGAAAAAAUCGACUUUUGGGGGGAGUUUCAACCCAAAUCAGCCAAUUCUCAGCGUUUCCCAUCUCCCUUUUCCACACUGGAAUUCUUCCCACUAAAUCCAAGCCCUGGGAAAUGUCCAGGGAAGUUUAGGGCAGGUGGGGAGGGGGAGUGGAAGGACCAGUUCUGUUCCCAUCCCUUGGGAAUCUGGGACUGGGAUUGAACUGGGAGAGCUUGGAUCUCACUGGGGAUGACCUGGCAUGGAGGGAGAGCAGGGAAAGGGGGAGAAGGGAAAGGGGGAGAAGGGAAAGAGGGAACAGGAAAAUGGGAACAGGGAAUGGGGAGCAGGGAAAGGGGAGAAGGAAAAGGAGGAGCUGGAAAAGGGGGAGCUGGAAAAGGGGAGCAGGAAGAGGGGAACAGGAAAAGGGGAACAGGGAAUGGGGAGCAGGGAAAGGGGGAGCUGGAAAAGGGGGAACAGGGAAAGGGGGAACAGGAGAUGCUUCCAUGGAGGCCUUGGGUGCUCCAGAGAGCUCCAGGAAUUCCAUGGAGUGGCCACUGGAUCUGUGGGGAAGGGACAGAUCCCAGGAUUUGGGUGCAGUGUCCAAGCCCAAUCCGUGUCCCCAGGGCCCAUCCUGGGGCUCAGCAGCUCCUGGGAGACAUUCCCAGAAUCCCAGAAUCCAUCAGGCUGGAAAAGAUUUCCCAGAGCCAUUCCUGGUUCUCCUGAGCAUGGGUUUUUGGGAAGAGAAGGGAUAAAAACAACCCAGCUGAUGUGAAAUCCCGGGAGUUUCCUCAUUCCCCCACAAAGAUUUGGAUUGGGUUGGGAAUGCCAGGGAUCCCAUCACGGCACAGGGAGCGAUUCCCAUGGGAAAGGAAUUUGCAAUUCCCUGGAUCCCCGCUAAAUCUGGUGCUGCUGGGCCCCGGGAGCUGCUCCAGCCCUUUUCCAGAGGGGAUGGAAUUCCCAGAGGGGCCGGGCCGCCCCUCCUGGGCUGCAGGAAUGUCGCCGUUCCUUGUUUUCAGUCAUUUGCCUUUGCAACCAAGCCGGGGAAAUGCCGCGUUUUGAACCCUAAAGCUGCGUGGCUUUUCCUGGGAAUGCUCCCUGCUGGGAAUUCCAGGGCUCGGGAAUGUCCCCCCAUCCCUUUGUGGGGGGGAGCAGAGCAGGGAAAACGGGAUCAUCUCCCAGUAAUUUCCCUCCCUGUCCCUCAGCCCCAGCAAAGCCUUUUCUGGAGGGUUUGAUCCCAAAUAAAUCCCAAAUCCCAAAUCCCAUCCCGCUCCAAGCUCCGCCCGCCGGGAAUCACGCGGCCACUCCCGAGUCCAGCCCGGGAUUCCUUCUCCAGGAGGGAAUUCCCUCUUGUCCUUAAUCUCUCGGACAGUUCCAGCCUUAUUUUUCUACUCCAGAUCUGAUUCUUCCUCUGUGUUCGAGACCAGAGCUUGGUGCUAUCCUUGGAGCCGCGGCUGGAGCCGGGAAUUCUUCCUCCUCCUCCUCCUCCUCCUCCUCCU